AAAACUAAUCUCGGAGUUUAUAAACGUCGUGACGCCUCCAAUUCCUUGCCAGUUAACUAACGUACUCCAUCGAGUGCAGAUUGUGACAAGGAAAAGUUUUGUGAUACUCCGAAAAGAACCCAGACUCCAAGAUGUCUUUGGAACGUGCAGUUCGUGCCAAGAUUGCGCUCAAGCGCAACCCUGAGAUGGACAAAGAAGCCCAAGAAUGGAUUGAAACCAUUCUUGGUGCGAAGUUCCCGGCUGGGGUCGCUUACGAAGAUCACAUUAAGGACGGUAUCAUCCUUUGCAAAUUGAUCAACAAAUUGGCUCCAGGAUCUGUGGGAAAAAUCAACGAAUCUGGUGGCCAGUUCAAGAUGAUGGAGAACAUCAACAACUUCCAAAAAGCUAUCCAAGCUUACGGAGUAGCUGAAAUCGAUGUUUUCCAGACUGUCGAUUUAUGGGAAAAGAAGGAUAUUGCCAACGUGACCAACACAAUCUUCGCCAUUGGACGUGCGAGCUACAAGCACCCUGAGUGGAAGGGACCAUACUUGGGACCCAAGCCAGCUGAUGAGUGCAAACGUGACUUCACAGAGGAACAAUUGGCCGCUGGUAAGACAGUUAUCGGUCUUCAAGCUGGCUCUAACAAGGGGGCUACUCAAGCUGGACAGAAUAUUGGUGCCGGCCGUAAGAUCUUGCUUGGAAAGUAAAACAUUUAUUUUACCAUUUCCACCCUACAUUGAAGAAAUACCAAUAUUCUUGAAAUCGAAAUAUAAAAUCUAUUUUUAUAUUUAUAUUUAA